CCCCACCCUCUCUUUUGGGGCAAUGACACGGGUCCUCUUGGCGAAAGAGAAAACAAAGCCAAAAGCACAGAGCAAAGCUACGCGUCCGCCUCGAGAAACCGUAGAAAACCUAAAAAGGGGCUCGUGGGUCGUGUGAGCAGGAGGGUCGUCUCGUUCUCACUUCUCUCAGCUAACCAAUUUACUAAUUAAAUCUUCCUUCGUCGAUUAUCGAAAGCUUAACUGCUAGUACGCCUGAGAUUGAGAAAAUAUGGAGGAAAUGUUGGCUAUAGUUCUUUCUAUGCUUCUUGUUUUGGCAUUAAUUCCACUUUAUCUAUGGAAACGGCGUCAAGAUUCUCGAUUGCCUCACGAUCACGAAGAAGAGCCGCAGGUUGCUCAGAGGGAAGGUGUAGUGCGUGCCACUGGUGCUCGUCGGAUGCGAAGGAGGCCGGCUUCUGGAGCAAGCACAUCAGCUGCCGCUGCUGCACCAGUUGUAGAAGAAACUGUUGAUGGAAGUGAUGAGGAAGAUGAGGGUGAGUAUUAUGAAGCCAAAGCAUCUAAGAAAAGGGAAAAGAAGCGUCAGGAGCGGGAAGCACAACGACAAGCUGAACAAGCUGCACGUGAAUCGAGGAAUACAAAACAAGACCGCUAUGCUGAAAUGCGGAGGAGGAAAGAUGAGGAGCGUGAGGCACAGGAGCGUCAGCUGGAGGAAGAAGCCAAGGCUCAGAAGGCUAGGGAGGAGGAAGCUGCUGCAUUAGAGUUCGAGAAGUGGAAAGGAGAGUUUUCUAUAGAUGCUGAAGGUACUACAGAAAAUGAAGUGCAGGAUGGACAUCAGGAUUUGCUCUCUGAUUUUGUGGAAUACAUAAAGAAACAUAAAUGUGUACCCUUGGAAGAUCUUGCUGCUGAAUUCAAGUUAAGAACUCAGGAAUGCAUCAAUCGGAUUACCUCUCUGGAGAGUAUGGGGCGACUUUCCGGUGUCAUGGAUGACAGAGGGAAAUACAUAUACAUCUCCCAAGAAGAGAUGCAAGCUGUGGCAGACUAUAUUAAGCGUCAGGGAAGGGUUAGCAUUUCACAUCUCGCUAGCAAGUCCAACCAGUUCAUAGACUUGGAGCCAAAAGCACAAUUUGUUGAAGAAAUAAGUAGUGCGGCAGAGAUAGCUGUCACUUGAUUUAGUUAAUGUACUUUGUACGUGUAAAGGACAAUUACGACAGUGUAAUGAAAAUUGUGGCAAGCGGAAUGAACUGGAUAUGUAUCUAAAAGAAAGGUGUAGGAGGUAGGGAUUCGGUUUUAAGCAGUGUUUUACGUGACCGCGAAUAUAAGAAGAAAGCUAUUCUGAGAAAUUCUUGGUGCA